AUGUAUACUCCUCUUAUUGCUCUCAGCCUCGCAGUUCUGACUACUGCUGCUCCCUCGGGAAAGCGCCAAGUUCCACACUACCCGCCCACCUCCCAGUCUCAGGGCUUCAAGCUCAUUGCCAACGUGACCGAUCCGUCGGCCGAUUUCACUCCUUCGAUCAAGAACUGGGUCGUUGAGGGCGCGCACACUGGCGCAGGAACCAACGUAGCUGUUCUGAAGCCCUUCGACGCCACCACAAGCCCCGGCCGUACCUUCUACCUCAACGGCACAGCUGAAGACGUCCGCUACGGUAACACCAACGUUCUCACCGAUGGCGGCACUCCUCCUGCUCCAUACGGCAUCUAUGUCCAGAACCAGACCGAGUUCGAGUAUCUGUACCCAGAUGAGCACGGUGUAGGAAUCAGUGUCGGCGAGGGCUCCGGAACCAGCCUGACACGAUUCCCCAAUCCGUACCCGUAUCUAACGUCCGCCACGGGCACUGGCACUUUUGUCGCCUGCAAUAACACCGUAGCGUACUACGGCACCAAGUUCAUUACCCUCGAAUAUGCCUAUGCCACCUUCACUGCCCCAGACGGCAGUUAUGAGUACAACGCCAACAUUCCGGAGGGCUGCGCAGCCGUCAACCUGAUUCCUCAAUGCACUGAGCUCAACGAGCUCCCCGAGGAUGCCUAUAGUAGCCACGAGUUUGCGGCCCAGACUGCCUGCUACCCCGACGUUGCUGCUAUCGACUGGACCCAGUACGGACCUUAA